UGUUUUCUUUCUUUCUUUCACAAGAGUGUGUUUGUUUUGUUAUACACUUUGCUUGAUAUUCUUGAAGCUUUUAUCAUCAGUUUUAUGCAAAGAUACAUGCUUGUGGGACUUGGUUUACUUUAGCAAAACUAUGCACACAUUGGGGUGUGUGUGUGUGUAUUUGUGUGUUUGGGUUUAUAGUAUAUGCCAGAAAAUUUGAUUACUUAUCGUGAAUUUUCAUAAAUUGUACAUCAUAAUUUUUAUGUUAUUUGCAUGCAAGAAUUUUGUUUGGAAAUUGCUUAAUUUACUAUUUUAUUGUGAUUUUGUUGUAGCAUGUUGCAUUCCAUGAUCUGUGCUCACAAAGAACUAAGUAAAGCAUGUAAUUCUUUUUUUGCUUGGAAUCAAAGCUAAAUUCUAGUUGGUGCAUGUGGAAUAGUUGGCUUCAUUUUCUUCUCAACAGGAAAAAAAAUCACUCUUGGGAAAAGUGAACAAUAAGAUUUUUCUCCUUUUUAUUUGCAAAUUAUGGCAACAGAUUACUAGAAUUAGAAAUGAUUCUUGAGAAAGUUUCAUCCUACUUUUCUAACUCGAAUGAUUUCUUUUAAUAUCACAACAAAUUAAGUACUAUUAUUUUAAUAUUUGCAAUCAAGAUAACAUCCGAAUCUCGGUAAGUAUCAAUAUUUCUUUGUUAGUGUGUAGUAUGCAUAUAUGCUCACAAUCUGCCACUAUAUAUAUGGAGAAUUAUCAUAUAAAGUUUAUUUUGUUUUUGGGUUUUUCUAAGCUUCUUAAACACUUAACAAUUGAUUUUACAGAGUUUUUGUUACUUUUUAUUAUGUGAUUCUUUGCUUUGCUUAUUCUUCUUCUUUUUGGAGAGCUUUAAUUGGUUUGGUUUAUAUCAUUUAUGUUUUUCACAUGAUGCACAUUGCCUUCACUCAGUUUUUGUCUUUUCAAAGGCAGAUGAGAAUUAACACAAAAAGAAAAUAUAUAAUAAAGUGAUAGUAAUUUUUUGCUUUUUUGAGUAAAAAGUAAUAGUAAUUUUGAGAUAUGUGAUUUGUUAACUAACACCUUGUAUAAGUUAGUUCAAGUGAGCUUCUACAGAACUUCUCGCAUAGUUAAAGAUGAAACCUGAUAUAAUAAUCUGAUAAAUGUAUGCCUUGAUAAACCAAAACUCAAGUAUAUCAAAGGAAAGGAUUCCUGUAGAUGAAGUAUUCGAGCAGCUAAAAUGCACGAGAGAAGGCCUUACUUCGGAGGAAGGCGAGAACAGGCUGAAAAUAUUUGGUCCAAACAAAUUGGAAGAGAAAAAGGAAAGCAAGCUUCUCAAGUUUCUAGGCUUCAUGUGGAACCCACUGUCAUGGGUCAUGGAGGCUGCUGCCCUGAUGGCUAUAGUCCUAGCCAACGGGGAUGGCAGGCCUCCCGACUGGCAGGACUUCGUUGGCAUUGUCGCGCUUCUGUUCAUCAACUCCACCAUCAGUUUCAUCGAAGAAAACAAUGCUGGCAACGCUGCUGCAGCUCUCAUGGCUGGACUCGCGCCAAAAACCAAGGUCUUGAGAGACGGUCGAUGGACUGAGCAGGACGCGGCCAUCCUUGUCCCGGGUGACAUAAUAAGCAUUAAGCUAGGAGAUAUCAUCCCUGCUGAUGCUCGUCUCCUUGAAGGCGACCCCUUGAAAGUCGACCAAUCUGCAUUGACCGGAGAGUCCCUCCCAGUGACCAAGAGCCCCUCGGAUGAGGUCUUCUCCGGGUCAACGUGCAAGCAAGGAGAGAUCGAGGCUGUUGUCAUUGCAACGGGAGUCCACACGUUCUUUGGCAAGGCUGCUCAUCUGGUGGACAGCACCAACCAAGUUGGACACUUCCAGCAGGUUCUGACCGCCAUCGGGAACUUCUGCAUCUGCUCCAUCUUCGUGGGGAUAAUCAUCGAGAUCAUAGUCAUGUACCCCAUACAGCACCGCAAGUACAGGGACGGGAUUGACAAUCUGCUGGUCCUCUUGAUUGGAGGGAUCCCCAUUGCCAUGCCAACCGUGUUGUCCGUUACCAUGGCUAUUGGAUCCCACCGGCUCUCUCAGCAGGGCGCCAUCACGAAACGAAUGACAGCCAUAGAGGAAAUGGCCGGGAUGGAUGUCCUCUGCAGUGACAAAACAGGAACACUCACUUUGAACAAGUUGACUGUUGACAAGAGCCUAAUUGAAGUUUUUGUGAAGGGAUUGGAUAGAGAGCAGGUGAUUUUGCUCGCUGCUCGGGCUUCGAGAACUGAGAAUCAAGAUGCCAUAGAUGCUGCCAUUGUAGGGAUGCUUGCUGAUCCAAAGGAGGCGAGAGCUGGUAUAAGAGAGGUGCAUUUUCUGCCUUUCAACCCUGUGGAUAAGAGGACUGCAUUAACCUACAUAGAUUCCAACGGGAACUGGCAUCGCGCGAGCAAAGGUGCACCCGAGCAGAUAUUGGAACUUUGUCAUAGCAAGGACGAUGUGAGGAAGAAAGUUCAUUCUGUUAUAGAUAAGUUUGCUGAACGCGGGCUUCGUUCUUUGGGAGUUGCCAGACAAGAAGUUCCUGAGAAGACGAAGGAAAGUCUUGGAGGGCCGUGGCAGCUCGUUGGCCUGCUGCCUUUGUUCGAUCCGCCUAGGCAUGACAGUGCAGAAACAAUCCAGAGAGCCUUGAAUCUUGGUGUGAAUGUGAAGAUGAUCACUGGUGAUCAGCUAGCCAUUGCAAAGGAGACGGGGCGCAGGCUUGGAAUGGGGACGAACAUGUACCCGUCCUCUUCGUUGCUUGGACAAGACAAGGACAAAUCUAUAGCAGCACUUCCUGUGGAUGAGCUGAUCGAGAAAGCCGAUGGCUUUGCUGGAGUUUUUCCUGAGCACAAAUACGAAAUCGUGAAGAGAUUGCAAGAGAGGAAGCACAUAUGUGGUAUGACAGGGGAUGGUGUGAACGAUGCUCCGGCUCUGAAGAAGGCAGAUAUAGGCAUUGCUGUUGCUGAUGCAACGGAUGCUGCUCGAGGCGCAUCAGACAUCGUCUUGACAGAGCCGGGGCUGAGCGUCAUCAUAAGCGCAGUGCUCACGAGCAGGGCUAUUUUCCAGAGAAUGAAGAAUUACACUAUAUACGCCGUCUCAAUCACAAUCCGUAUAGUGUUUGGAUUCAUGCUUAUAGCUCUGAUAUGGAAGUUCGACUUCGCUCCGUUCAUGGUUCUGAUAAUUGCCAUAUUAAACGACGGAACAAUCAUGACUAUCUCAAAGGAUCGGGUAAAGCCAUCUCCGGUCCCAGACAGCUGGAAACUCAAGGAGAUUUUCGCCACAGGAGUCGUCUUGGGAGGCUACUUGGCAUUAGGGACAGUACUAUUCUUCUGGCUUGUGAAGGACACCACUAUUUUAUCUGACAAGUUCGGUGUGAGGCCUUUGAAAGACAGUCCUGAGGAGAUAAUGGCUGUGUUGUACCUGCAAGUGAGCAUUGUGAGCCAAGCGCUCAUCUUCGUGACAAGGUCUCGUAGCUGGUCGUUUGCUGAGCGGCCCGGGAUGUUCCUGCUGGGCGCUUUCCUGAUAGCUCAGUUGGUAGCGACGUUGAUAGCUGUUUACGCGAACUGGACCUUUGCGAAGAUCAAAGGGUGCGGAUGGGGCUGGGCGGGGGUCAUCUGGCUCUACAGCAUUGUCACCUACUUCCCUCUCGACAUCCUCAAGUUCUGCAUUCGCUACGUACUGAGUGGGAAGGCGUGGGAUAAUCUUUUGGAGAACAAGACUGCAUUCACCACCAAAUCCAACUAUGGGAAAGAAGAGAGAGAGGCUCAGUGGGCUGCUGCACAAAGGACUUUGCACGGCCUUCAGCCACCGGAAACCUCCAAUCUCUUCAAUGAGAAGAACAGCUACAGAGAGUUGUCCGAGAUAGCUGAGCAGGCCAAACGACGAGCAGAGGUUGCGAGGCUGCGAGAGCUGCACACGCUGAAGGGGCACGUCGAAUCUGUGGUGAAGCUGAAAGGACUCGACAUCGAUACGAUCCAGCAGCAUUACACAGUCUGAUCCAAUCAAUGUGUGGUGAAGAAGAUGAAGAGAUGCAUGUUGUUGUUUUAAGUAAUCAGCUUUUAGAUAGUUAAACUACUUUUUUAUAUAUAAUCUGUAGACCUACUUGAAGAAGCUUGAAGCAGGAAAUUAUAAUAGAAUUCUGAGGUUGUGCUGUUUACCAUGAAUAAUGAAAUAUUAUAUUGGUUUUUCCUUA